AUGCAAAAACAAAUAUAUAAAAAAGCCAUAGAAGGCUUUUCUAUAUUAUUUUUAAUGAAAGUUUUUUCCAGAGUAAUUGAUUUUUUACUAAAUAUUCUCGUAAUAAGAGAAUUAGAUCCAUAAAUAUAUGGUUUAACUAUUCAUUAUAUGAUAAUAACUAAUGUAGUAUUAUUUUAUUCAAAAAACUGUUUAAAAAAUUCUUAUUAAAAACGGGGUAUUAAAAACAUAAAUAAUAUACUUUUUGCUUCUGCAUAAAAUCUAAUGAUUUUUGGUCUUUAUUUUACAAUAAUAAUUGGAUUCAUUACUUUAUGUUUUUGGAAUUACUAUUAUACUUAAUAUGAUAGUAAUUUUAUAUAUGGAGCUAUUUUUUGCGUUUUGGGAUGUAUUUUUGAUUGUAUGUGUGAACCGUUAUUAAGUAAAUAUAUAUUGAAUUUCGAAUAUUCUAUAAGUGCGAAAUCUGAAGCUUUUUCUUUUUUCGGAAAAACACUUAUAUUAUUUUUUUUAACUAAAUUUAAUUUUUUUCAUACAUUAAUUAAUUUUGGGAUUUCUUAAAUGGUUUAAGGUUUCAUUAUGUUGUUUUUUUGUAUAUAUUUUACCGGUGAAAAUAUGCAUUUGUUUCCUAAAAAGUUAGAAGGUCAGAACUAUUAUAUAAUCCCAGAAAUGAAAGAAAUGGGAUAUUAAUUUACUCUUUUAUCUUUCUUUAGAAUGAUUUCCUAAGAACUUGAAAAAUUCGUGCUUAUAUUAUUAAAUAAAUAAACCUAAACCUAAAUAAAUUCAGAAUAUUUAAUUGUAUCAAAUAUAGGAUCUAUUGUUCCUAGAUAUAUAUAUGCUCCUACAGAAGAUAUUUGUUUUAAUUUAUUUUCAAAACUUUCCAAUAAACAUAUCGAAGAAGAUAAUAAUGAAAAAGAUUAUUCAAAACUUAACUUAAAUAAUAACAGUGCUACUACUAUUAAUCGUAAAAUUAAUGUAGAUAAUGUUAAUUAAUAAUCUUUUUAAUAAUAAUAUUUUAUUUUGUAAACUAUAAUUAAACUUAUUAAUGUUUUGGGUUUAUUUUUUGUAUUUUUUGGAGUCCCGUAUGCCUCAGCUUUUCUAUAACUUAUGUAUGGUAAUAAAUGGAAUUAUGUUUCUUGUAUAUAGGCUUUAUAAUAUUUUUGUGUAAAGUUUAAAUAUAUUUUAAUUUUUUUUUUAUUGUUGUAUUUUAUUUUUUUAAAAAAACAGAUUUAUGAAUGGUUUAUGGGAAUAAAUGGAUUAUUAGAAGCGUUUGUAUAGGGAAGUAUUCAAUAAAAAGAAUUAUAAAUGUAUAAAUUUCUUGUUUUAAUUUCAACAUGUUUUUAUAUUAUUUGUUCUUUUAAUUUAAUUCAAUUUGGUUCUAAAGGAAUUAUUAUUUCAAGUAUUAUUAGUAUGAGUGUUAGAAUUUGCAUUUCUUCUUAUUAUGUAUUGAAUAAAAUAUUUUUAAAUAAUAAGAAAUAAUUUAGACUUUUUCUUAUUUCAACUUUACCUGAUUUUAAAUUAAUCUUUGGAUUCUUUUUCAGUAUUUUUUUAAGUAAUUUUUUUGUUUUUAGAUAAUUCUAAAACUAGGCUUUUAAAUAAAUUGUUUUAGGAGCAGGUUGA